AUGCUCUCUAGAGCUGGAAUUAGGCACUCUCGUUUUUCUUCCCUAAACCCAGCAAGGAAUAUCCAGAUUCGAUCGAGUUCACUUCGUGGAAAUGGCACUGCGCUAAGUGCCCUACGACUUUCCCGGAGCUCAGGGCCGAUCAAAAUCUCCCCCCGAUUUGCAUCCACCACAGCGACAUCUUCCGCUAUUACUUCUACCCCAAGCGAACCGGCAACCGCACCAGUAACUGGAGGCAUCACACCUGGUUCCGAUGCACUUUCCGGUGGUAGCUUGGCCGAUAUAGAUCUCUCACACAUUCCAGAGAAGAUUGGCUAUCUUAAAGAACUUGGCUUAGACUACGGAUGGGGUCCCUCCUCGAUGGUCCAGUUUCUUCUAGAGACACUACAUAUAACAGGUGGUUUGCCAUGGUGGACUGCAACUGUAGCUACAGCUGUGCUAAUUCGAGUUGUACUAUUCAACUCAAUUGUAUCCUCCGCCGAAGUUUCUACCAAACUUAAGGCUCUAAAACCGCGUACUACACCAAUUCGAGAACGUGUGAUGCACUGUGUACGCGAAAACGACAAUGUUGGAGCACUGAAGGCGAAGAACGAGCUUGCUUUGUUGAACCAGGAACAUGGAAUAAAGCCCUGGAAGGCCUUUCUACCUCUUCUCCAGAUACCACUUGGUUUUGGAUGCUUCAGAGUUCUUCGAGGAAUGUCUGCUCUCCCCGUUCCAGGAUUGGAUAACGAAAGCGUCCUAUGGCUACAGGACGUAACUAUGCCUGACCCUUACUAUGCCCUUCCCUUCGCAACUGGUGCUCUGAUGUUCGUAGCUCUCAGGCGUGGCGGCGAUACCGGGUUGAGCAAUCUAAUGAACUCUACUUUAGGAAAGAUUAUGGUAUAUUCUCUUCCUAUUGUUACAGCGUUGACCAUGACAUUCUGGCCUGGCAUUCUACAACUCUACUUCCUCACGACCGGUGCCUUGUCUGUAUGCCAGACCUAUAUAAUGACCACCCCUCGGUUACGCAAAUUAGUCGGCCUUGGACCUCUUCCUAAGAACCCCACCUCACAAGACUCAUCCACGCCUGCUCCAAGCCGAAUCCAAACCAUUUCCAAACCAGUUACUUCACAGCCGACACCUGAGACACAUAUACCACCCCAAGAUAUCAGCGCCAUUGACCGAGCCAUGGAUGGACUGAAAUCUGCUUACAAAGAUACUGUCAAAGAUGUAAAGAAUAAACUAGGCGAAAUGACCGGUGAAAAGGAGGAAUCUGACCCGACUGGUCGUAUGCCGCGGCUUAAUAAGAAGGAACUCGAAAAUGCGAAGGCCUAUGAAGAGCGGCGCAAGGCGGAGAUCAGAGCUGAACGGGAGUUGAAGAACCAACAGCUUAGAGCCAGGCAUAUGCGGAAACGGGGGCAAAAGGAGUAA